GUACUCAUUCGAAGGUCUCCGACGGUCUCGACGAAUAUUGGGCUCUCACAGUAGGCUAGUGUCGCAUAUUACGUUCUCUAGUAGUUGUGUAAAUAUUCGACCUGACUUUUUUAUGUAUAGCUGUAUUAACAUAAUAAUUAUUAAUUAAUUAAUUAAUUCGGUGCUCAAAUCUAUAUUGUUAUAUUGUUAUAUAUAACAACAAUAAACCAUAACGUAUUUUUUAUCAUGUCACUUACGAAUGGCUUAAUGAAAAAACGGAGUCAACAAGAGUCUAUGGAGAUUCAAACAAAAAAGUUAAAAAUUGAAGAUGGUGCUGUUAUUAUAUACAAACACGUUCAAAAUAUGCAAGAAAUAUGGAAGGUUAUAUUAUCUUCGGAAAAUAAAUCAUAUAGUUUUGAUGGUUUAAAUUUUGCUAAUGGUAUGUUGAUAUCUUGUCAGAAAAUAAAUAAUUUCGAAAUUUAUAAAGAAAAAAAACAUAUGAUAAAUUUUUUGCUUUACGUUAAUGACUUUAUCAGCGAUAAUACAAUACCACUUACAUUAUAUACAUAUGAAAUCGAACCGAAAAUCAAUUUUUUAUAUAAAAAAAAUAUAGUAACUCCACAAAACCAGUUAAAAGCAAAUAAAGAUACUAUUAGAAAUUUAAUAUAUAAUAGUACAAAAACUGAUGACAAAAAAAUAUUUUUAAUAUUAUCAACGAUGAUAAAAAACGAUGCGCAAUGUGCUCACAUGUCACGAUUUAUCGAUCACGAUUUUCAAACUAUAGCAUCGCAAAAAGAUUUAUUUAUAUAUAAAUCAAUUAUUCAAUUUGAUCGACGAUGUUAUUCGUCGCCAAUAAAAGAAGAUAAAAAUAAUGUUGUAUCAAAUCUUGAUUAUCAUCAAUUUCGAAAUAAUUGUAAAAAAAUUUAUAUAUCAUUAACAAAUAUAAUACUUAAUCAAUGCACAAGUUUAAAAAAUACAUUAGCAAUAUCUGAUAUUAAUUUAUACGCAUCCACUCAAACACCAUUAUCACCGAUACCAUCUUCAUCUUCUUAUCAGACAAUUGAAAAACCGUCUUGCUUGUUUCAAUUAAGUAAUAGUAUUAUUGAAAAAUACCCAUCAUUACCAGAAAAUAUAAAUGAAAAAAAAAGAAAUUUGUUUAAAAUCGAUCAAUCUUUAUACUCAAUAAGUCACAUGUACAGCACCGAUGCAUUUAAAAUAAACGCAUAUAAAGCUGCUAGCGCCACAACGCUACUUUGUGGUGCGCCUAAAUUGUGGUUAAUUGUUAAUCCUGUUGAUAUUGAAAAUUUAAAAGUUGCAUUAAAAAAUGAAUAUGCUAAUGAAAAUAUUAAUUCUGAAAAUGAUAAUAUAAUCACGAAAUUAAAAAAAAAUUUACUUUUUUUACAUCCAUCGUUUUUGGUAAAUAAUUAUAUACCAAUGCACUUUAUAUAUCAAAGACCUGGUGAAACUGUAAUAAUUCGUGAUGGUGUAUAUUAUCAAACUUUAAAUAUGGGUAUAAAUUUUUCCGAAACUGUAUAUUUUUUAACACCAAGUUCAAAAUUGAUAAAUAUGAGAUAUAAUAGUGGAUUGCCGAUGAAAGAUGAAGUUAUUAUUGCAGUUAGUAGAAAAAUGCGUAAAUUACAUUGUGAUAUAUGCAAAGAAACUUUUCAAUCAACAGAAUGUUUGUCUAUACACAACAGAGAUUAUCAUAAUAUGCAUGAUUCUAUUGUCGCUACGUGUCCAAUUUGUCGCCUUACAAUCAAUACCACGUCAUUAUCAAAUCAUCUUUACACCAGACAUUAUGAAAAUACGGGUAUUUGUUUGAUUUGCGAUACAUUUUGUUUAGAUAAAUUGUUUAGUCGCCAUUAUCCUGUACAACACCAAGUCUCAAUCAGUAAUGAUAUAAAACAAAAUAUUGAAUUUCAAAAAAAAUACAAAGAAAUGUCAUUACGAGUCAUUGAGAAAUCCAUGAUAACGGUCGAUGAAAUUUUGAAGAAUGAAAAAAUAAUUAUUAAUAAUACUAAAAAAGAAAAUAUCGAAGAAAUUACAAUUCCAACUAUUGAAGAUAUAUUAAAAGACAAAAACCAUGGGGAUAAUCACGAUCGCAAAAGUCUAUCGAAAGAACUAAUUUUUUAUCAAGCAAGGCAUAUAUUAUAUAACAUAGCAACGUCACUAGCACCGUCUGCCGUUAUUCAAAAACUCAAAGCUGGGGAUAUAAAUCAAAUUAUUGAGUCCAAAAAUAAUGAAGAAGAAAAAAAAAAAGUUUUUUGUGAAUUUCUUGAAGAAUUUUCGUGCCCAUCAACAUCGUCCGUUAUUGACAGACCAAUACAAGCCAAAACCGAUAAAAGAAGAAAGAAACUAACUGAUGAAGUUCAAAAAAAUAUAAUGGAAAAUUUUGAUAAAAUUUAUAAUUAUUAUAAUAAAUUUAAUAUAUGUAAUAAUUGUAAGAAAAAAUUUCGGUCUUAUGCAGAUUAUUGUUUACAUAAUUGUCAACCAAAAUCUUGUCCAGCAUGUUUCACCAUGUUAUCUUCUAGAUGGGUGUCUAGAACUCAUAAAUGUCAAUAUAUCUUGCCUUUGACGGCUGAUCAUUCGAAACAAUCACCUUCGAAACAAUCAACGGAAAAAGAACAGUCACCUUCAACUUCUGAUGAUGAUAAUCAUGAGGCUGAGCAUCAAUCAACUUCUACUGGUAAUGAAUUACAUUAUAAGAAAAAAAUAAUCAAGAAAUUAGAAAAAAAAUCUCUCCAAAAAACAAGCUCGAAAAAUUUAUGUUGUUCGUAUUGUAAAAAAGAAUAUCUUUAUCUUAAAGCUUAUGAAAAACACAUUAAGAAAUUCUGUAAAAAAAAAUAAAAAAAAAUUGUUUCCCGUUGAAAAUUGAAAAUUUUCAAAACUCCAGUGAAUGCGGGUUUUUUAAUUACGGAACCAUAUUUAUCAUUAUUAUUUCAAACUCUCUAUUUUAAAUAGUUUAGAAGAUAUAUGAACAUUAUUUAUUUUUUGCGAGUGAUUUCAAUACUUAAGGCUUCGCCUCCGUAAAAAAUGUAUUUUUUUAUUAUAAUAACUCUUUAAUCAUAUAUUUAUAAUCGAAUAUUUUAUUGGUUAUAAAAAGAAAUAAACUUGAUACUAUAUACAUUCAUUAUUAUGUACAUAUACUUUUAUUUGUAAUUUUUUUUUACGAUUAUCGUUAUCACCUAUAAUAAAAAAAAUAUAUACUCAAUUUUUUUUAUAGUUUGUAAUAAAAAAUAACACUAAUAGUUUUUAUUGAUUUUUUUUUUGAGUGGAUAAAUAAAAAUUUGUUUGUUAGUUUGAAUAACAGCAAAAAGAAAUUAUGUUUCGCAACAUAAUAAUAAUAAUAAAAAAUAAAAAAAGACCUGGUAACGUUUGUUGAGGCGUGUCGUAUAUGAAGUCUUCAGUCUUCACCAUUUCACUAUUAUUUUUUUUUUGUUACUUUUAUUUACUUAUUCAUUCAUUUAUUUAAUUACCAACCCAACUGGAUAAACUAAAUUGUGGGGUCUCUACAGAUAUAUCUGUAGUAUAAUGUAUAUCGAAUAUAUUCAGUUUUUUAUAUUACAUUAUAUAAUAGACAAAAAUGUAUGGACACAAAUUAAAUAUAAAUAAAAUAAAAAUAUAUAGACAUUAAUUUAAAUUGAGGUAUAAUAAUUAAUCACUAACAGAUCUAUUUAAUGAUAAAUAUUGAUUUACUUUUUAAUUUAUAUAUUAGAGUUAUAUUACAACUAUAUGAUUUAAUAAAAUUGUCAAAUUAUUUUUGUUAAUAUAAAGUCUCUUAAUACUUGAUAGACUAUAAUUUAAAUACUUGGAUCUCCAGAUCAAAUUUAGAUCUUAAUCGAGAUGAUAAAGAUUUUGAGAGACCAUUAAAUAUAUCUUCUGAUAAACUGGUCAAUUCGAUUUUGCUGAUAUCAAGUUGCUUAAGUUUUGAUAAACCAUUGGAACAACCUGAUUCGAGGUUUUGUAGUUCAUUCGAAAUUAGAGUAUCUUGACAAGGCACAAGUUGAUAAAAUUUAUCAGUGCGUUCCUCGCCAAUGAGUCCAACAACAAACUAGGUAUAGAAUCUUCAUCGUUUCACUAUUAUUUUUUUUUUUUUUUGCUCUUUUUAUUUACUUAUUUAUUAAUUUAUUUAAUUACCAACAGAACUGAAUAACUAAAUUAUAGAGUCUUUACAGAUAUUCAGCGUUUAUCUUAAAUUAUAUAAUAGACAAAAAUGUAUGGACACAAAUUAAAUAUAAAUAAAUUAAUAAUAUAUAGACAUUAAUUUAAAUUGAGGUAUAUAAUAAUUAAACACCGACAGAUCUAUUCAAUGACAAAUAUUGAUUUAUAUAUUAUAUAUAAAGUCUCUAGUCUUAAUAUUUGAUAGACUAUAAUAAUAUAAAUACUUAAAUCUUAGAAUUAAAUUAAUGAUUGAAUUCAGAUCUUAAUCGAGAUGAUAAAGAUUCUGAGAGACCAUUAAAUAUAUCUUCUGAUGAACUGGUCAAUUCGUUUUUGCUGAUGUCAAGUUGAUUAAGUUGUGAUAAACCAUUGAAACAACCUGACUCGAGGUUUUGUAAUUUAUUCGAAUUUAAAUUUAGUUUACGGAGUUUUCGUUGAUUAAUAAAUAUAUCUUUUGAUAAA